AUGACGUUCCGCUUGGGCCUGUGGGCCUACAAAACCACCAUCGCCGAUGUCGAGAAGCAAGUUGGGGAAUUGACCGACUUGGCAGGCAAGAUUGAUGUAACAGUAGGCAAUGAUCUAUCCACGUUGGCUGGCUACAGCAGCGAGUCCGUAGCCAAAAUAGGGCUACUCACAGAUAAGUUGAAUGCCCUUCAUGACGCUGUAGCUGAAGGUCGCAAGCGGCUGGAGAUCUGCACCGCACAAAACCAAGCCAUGGAGAGUGCUGUUAGAUCAGCCCACGACCCAGAGGACAUGAGCCCGUCGAUUGAAUCUCAAGAAGAUAGCACGGCGCAGAGAGCCUUGAACUCGUGGUGGCGAAAGAUUGACGAGGCACUCAAUCGUCUCAACCAACCGAGCCAGCUCCCAACCGAUCUUGUCAUUGAACUUCAGGCAAGCCUGGAGAGGGCUCAAGAUGAUAACCGCCAGGCGCAGUCUGAAAAUAACGACCUGACGCAGGAUCCCGAGAGAGCUCGCGCAGCGCUGGCCGAUGUAAGAGCAGAGCUCGAGGCGGCAUCUGAUACGACUCGGUCACUCAAGAAUCAAUGCGAGACCAUUCAAGCAGACAAUGACAGGCUGCAGUAUGAGUUGGCGUCUGCCUCAAAGUCUCUCGCAGAGUCCAACGCACAGUUCGUUGCCGAAAAGGAGAGAACGUCUUGCCAGUUGUCUCUUUUGUCGUCGUCGGUUUGCCUCCUCCGGGAGACUCUUGAUAUCGACUGGGCCAGUGAUCGUGACUGGGAGAGUGUUCUCAAGUGCGUCGAGGCCCUGCCCAGCUCGCUUCCCGCAAAGCCACAGUCCAACGCCUGGAGCUGCCUGGAGCCGUGGAGCAAUGGCAUGGACGAGUCCUGCCGCGUGCACACGAUGGGGGCAGAUCAGGCCCUCAUCAGGCUGAUAUUGACUGUGCAAGGUCAUGACGCCUCAGACAUUGGCCUUGAAACCUUGGCUACAAUGCAGUGCGCCUUGUCAUCUCUGCAGUCUACAUCCCGCAUCCAAGAGGGCCUGUGCCGAAUGCUUAGAGACACUAUUUAUGGCCGGGCUGUUGACAAAGUCUACAUUGCCCUCGCUUUGUGUCAAAUUCUUGAUACAGUUGCCAAGAGGUGGUCGACGGCUGCGGCUGAGGCUGAUGCUCUGGGGGUUCUACAUCAACAAAAGACCAACUUGAGCGCAGAAGACGUCACCCUAGUCGCGGCCAUUCUCAAGGCAUGCGAGGAUGAUGACUGGGCAUCAGUUCCCUUGUGUGUCCCCGCAAGAGUGAACGACCACAGUUGCAAUGUCGUGAAGUCUGUCGACAUGUUCCUCCUUGUUGACAGGGAUAACCGAUCCAUCCGCUGGAUUGGUUCGGAUCGGGCGGACUGGGAUACUCUUGAGAUUCGGGGUAUGACCCUGAGGUCACCUUCAGGUUCUGGGGAUGUCCACCUCAAGCUUGUCGAGCAUGUCGAUGCGAUCAUGGCCAUUGUCGAAAUCAAGUGCAGGGUGGCCCCAGGACCCGACAAUUAUUUCGACGAUGACGCGAUGGAUGAGACAUGGGAGGGGUGA